AACUGGGCGGUGCCUGAGCAGGCGGGAAGGAGGCGUUCGUCUAGAUUUGUCCGCUUGCGGGGAGACUUCAGGAGCCGCUGUCUCUGAACUUCCAGCCUCAGAGACCGCCGCCCUUAUCCCCGAGGGCCAUGGGCCGGGUCUCAGGGCUCGUGCCGUCUCGCUUCCUGACGCUCCUGGCGCAUCUGGUGGUCGUCAUCACCUUAUUCUGGUCCCGGGACAGCAACAUACAGGCCUGCCUGCCUCUCACGUUCACCCCCGAGGAGUAUGACAAGCAGGAUAUUCAUCCACUUCCUCUCUGCAGGCUGGUGGCCGCGCUCUCUGUCACCCUGGGCCUCUUUGCAGUGGAGCUGGCCGGUUUCCUCUCAGGAGUCUCCAUGUUCAACAGCACCCAGAGCCUCAUCUCCAUUGGGGCUCACUGUAGUGCAUCCGUGGCCCUGUCCUUCUUCAUAUUCGAGCGUUGGGAGUGCACUACGUAUUGGUACAUUUUUGUCUUCUGCAGUGCCCUUCCAGCUGUCACUGAAAUGGCUUUAUUCGUCACCGUCUUUGGGCUGAAAAAGAAACCCUUCUGAUCACCUUCAUGACGGGAACCUAAGGACGAAGGCUACAGGGGCAAGGGCCGCUUCGUAUUCCUGGAAGAAGGAAGGCAUAGGCUUCGGUUCUCCCCUCGGAAACUGCUUCUGCUGGAGGAUAUGUGUUGGAAUAAUUACGUCUUGAGUCUGGGAUUAUCCGCAUUGUAUUUAGUGCUUUGUAAUAAAAUAUGUUUUGUAGUAAGAUUAAGACUUAUAUACAGUUUUAGGGGACAACUGAGAUGGCUAAACUACUGAAGAAAAAAAAACAACGCUGUUUUCUAGUCCUGCAGACCGUAAGAUACUUGGUAUCGCUUCUAUUUUGGUUAUUACGGUAGGUGCCUGGCGGAAGGGAGUGGGCGGAGAUAUGUAAAUAGAAAGUGCGUACAGUUAGAACGUCCAGCACGUAACUGAUCGGAGCAUUCUGGGAAGAAGUAAUUUAUUCCUUUUCGGCAGCCGAAUGAAAAAAAAAUUUUUUUAAUGUGCAAGCAAAUAUGGCAAAACAACUGGAAGGACGCUAAAUAGUAGGAUUGGUCAUACCAACGCGUUAUAAACUCACCCUAGCUUGUAACGGAGUCUUUUUCACUGAGUGCGGAAUGUCGGCAGUUUACGGUUAUCGUCAGGUGGGAUAAUCCUUACCUGUUCCUCCUUUGGAGGGCAGAUUAGAAUAUGAUGAUUGGAGAUGCAUGAAACGUGAUUAACGUCUCUGCGUAAUCAGGACUUGCAACACCCUGAUUGCUCCUAUCUGAUUCUUCCUGACGAUCACUUUCUGUUGUGUCUUAUCGACUGUUAUAGUUCUGUGGACAUAGUUAUGAUUUUCUGUUUGUAAUAAUUUAGUAUUUGUUUAUUUUACAACCUUACUAAAUUUGUUUGUUCUUGAAAACUGUGAUUUGGUUUUUGUUGCUUUCUGGAAUUUAGGCAGUGAAAUAAUGUAAAUAGAGUCAUUGUUCUUUGUCGUUUGAUAACUUUAACGCUCACUUUUCAGGAGUAAGUAUCUGUAGUCUUGUGCACAGGGUGGUUGCCCUCAGGAUGAUAUUCAAUAGGAACUAUUUUUUUUUCUUUGAGGUAGGGUUUUGGUCUGUUGCCAAGGCAGGAGUGCACGGCGCAGAUGUAUAUACAUGGAUAUAUUAGUUUUUGGAGAGUUGGUUGUUAAAAAUCUACCAGUACACCCCCAAGAAACUGAUCAUCACCAAUGACUUCUUCCCAAAUCCAGAGUCACUUUUCAGACUUGAGAUUGACCUCUCUUCAGCAUAUGGUAUGUUGACCACCCCCCCUUUUUUUUUCAGUCUCACUCUGUUGCCCAGGCUAGAGUGCAGUGUGCAGUGGUGGGAUCAUGGCUCACUGCAGCCUCGAACUCCCAGGCUCAGAUGAUCCUCCUGCAUCAGCCUCCCAAGUAGCUGGGACUACAGGUGAGCAGCACCACACCUGGUUGUUUUAAAAUUUUCUAUAGAGACAGGGUCUCACUGUGUUGCCCAAGCUGGUCCCAAACUCCUGGGCUCAAGCCGUCCUCCCCACUAGGCCUCUAGGCCUCCUAAAGUGCUAGGAGUACAGGCAUGAGCCACCGGGUUUCGCCCACUCCCCUCUUUUGCACUUUUUUCUCCCUUAGUUUUGAAACAAUGGUUCACCUGGUUUGCCUACUAUUAUACUGUUCUGGUUGUUCCUUCUUACAUUCAUUCAAUAAAUACUUAUUGAGUA